AUGUCUUUGAACAAUUCGAUAGCCUCGAAUGUCCUCAAAAAGCUGGGAGACCAGGCUGGCAGCAUGAAAACUCUCGUUUCUCUAGUGCUUGAGAGAUUACAAAAGGCCAUGGCGAAAUUUCCAAGGAUCCCAGGCGCUUUGGGCUUGACCAAGGUUCUUGUCGCCUUCUCGGCCAUUUACACACUAAACAAGGCACUCACUCAUCGUGUGGUGGGCGGCAGAGAUGCCAAAAAUGCCUUCAAGCGGGGCGAAGAGAUCAUUCUCAUCACCGGCGGCAGUAGCGGCAUGGGACUGGUCAUGGCUGAAAUGUUUGCUAAGCAGGGCAUCAAGGUGGCAGUCAUUGACAUCAACGGCCCCAAGGGCACACUGCCCGCCGGAGUCAAGUUCUACCAGGGCGAUGUGACCUCGCCCGAGUCCCUGCAUAAAGCGGCAGAGUCGAUUCGCUACGACUUGGGACAUCCGUCGGUCAUCAUCAACAAUGCCGGCCUUCUCAACCUUGGCAGCAUCAUCAAUAUUGAUCCGGCCAAAGUUCAGCGCCUGCUCAACGUCAAUGUCACGGCUCUCUUUCUGGUAUCCAAGGAAUUUCUGCCGGCCAUGGUUGAGCGCAACCACGGUCACGUCGUGACCAUUGCGAGUAUGGCGAGCUAUGUUGCCAUUGCUGGCAUGGUCGACUACGCCGCAUCCAAGGCAGCGGCUCUCGCCUUCCACGAGGGCCUUACACAGGAACUGAAACACAGAUACGAUGCCCCUAGGAUCAGAACUACUGUCGUAAAUCCAUCGUGGGUGAGGACUCCCAUGACCGCCGAGAUCGCCAGGCACGCAACGAUCAAAGGCCCAAUGAUAGAGCCCGAUACCGUGGCGUCGGCUGUCGUGAAGCAAGUCAUUAGUGGUCGCGGCGGCCAGCUGAUGCUGCCUUGGGACAUCUCAUACCUGGCAAGUCUCAGAGGCUUUCCUAUAUGGCUACAAGAAUACUUCAGGAGCACCAAUGCAGGGAUCCUUCACUGGACACAUGUUUAG